AUGUUGAACUACUUGCUGGGCGUGGAGAGGGAAAACGACCGCAGGUUCCGGUUGGUGGCGGCAGGAGAGGAUGAAAGUAAGAGCCAGACUCGGGAAGUCUCCGCCUACGUCAUCCAUCCCCAGCAGAAUUCUCGGUUUAAAUACCCGGUGACCAUCGUGGACACGCCGGGGUUUGGGGACACCGAGGGACUGGACGACGACACGUUUUCCAUGCUCGGAGCCUUCUUCAACAACGCAGAGGGAAUCAACUACCUUUAUUCCAUCGGGCUCGUCGUGUCUGCUCCGACUUCUCGGUUGACGGCUAGUUACUCCUACGUCUUCGAACAGUUUCAGAGAAUUUUCGGCAAUGAUGUGGUCAGCAAUAUCCACCUCUUGAUCACUUUCGCCGAUGUCUGCCAGACUCCUCCGGCCGUCGAAGUGGUGAAAAAAUCUGGUAUCCCCAUUAGUGGAACCUAUGCCGUCAACAACAGUUGUCUCUUCAACAGAAACCAACAGAGCGCGAUCGUCUGGGACACGAUGAUGACAUGCAUGAGAGAUUACUUUGGGAUGCUGGUGGAUGCCACGCCGGUGAGCACCACCCGAACCAAGCGGGUCAUCAUGCAAAGGGAAACCAUCGAGAGGAAGAUCCAAAAGCUGCAGGAAAAAGUCCAAGAAGGUCUCAAUCGACUCGAAACACUGCAGAACUACUACGAAACUGUGAAGAAGAAGGCUCAUAAACGAGAAGCGAAUAAGGAAAAGCUGAUGAUUGUCGGGCGGCAGUUUAGAUCCACCCAACUGGAGGUACAUCAACUGAUCCGCCAGGCCCACGCCAGCUUCUGUGAACUGGAGGAAAUCGCCCUGAAACCAGACGCCUUCACCGUGGUCGAGUACAUCGACCUCCUCAUCCGACAGGCUCAAGAUGAAGGAAACAAGAGUAAAAUGGAAGCCCUAGAAGCCUCGCGCGAAGCUGCGAAGUGGCUGUCCACCGUCAGGAACCAGGUAGGCUGGGACCCUUUCGACCAGCGUCUCGAAGAUCUCAAGCAGAUUGGAUUGCAACUCUCCUUCGAUGACGACGAGUGCGAGGUCCAGUUUCUCCGGAAACCAACGGGAUUCGUUCAGACAUUGAAGAAGAUCUUCUUCCAGAGGAGUAAGAAGCCAACAAACGCAGAUGAAAAAAGGAAGCCAGAACCCAGGGAGGGAAUCCGCCCUCCCCCGUCGCCGAAGGUGGUGACGAGGGAGAGAUUGGCGGAGAGAAUUCGAAAGGUAUCCAUUCCACUGGGAAAAAUCAAUGGGUAUGACUUGUACGAACUGAGAAAGGAGGUGGCAUGUUGGGAAAAAUACUCCCACGGCAUCUAUCAUGUUCUCAAGCCCGAUGUGCCGGUGAGCUGCAUCGGGAAAAUCGUCAUGCUUGUCGGAAUGACUGGGGCCUUCGGGAAGGACGUCGAGGACAGGUUCGUUGCCAUCGUAACAUUCUCAGACGACUUGGAUCCCCCGGCCCUAAAUGCUCUGAAGAAAGCGGGGAUCCCUUAUCGCGAAAUCUUCAAUGUCAACAACUCACCCGUCUUCAGCAAUCCCCAAACCGGGACUCAAAUGAAGAUGCUUCUGUGGGAAAUGAAUUUGAAGAAAAUGAAGUUGUUCUGCGAACAUCUGGAGUCCUCUGAAUCCUCAGCCUUGUACGUCACAAGAGAAGUAUUGCAAAGGAGGCUAUCCAUAGAAGAAACCUUGAAGUGCUUGCAGAAGGAAGUCCAAAAUGGUUUGGAGAAGUUAAAGGAACUGAAAGAGAAAUUCCAGCAGGAGAAAGAGAUGGGGAACCUGAGAGGAGCCAAAUAUAGCCUACAGGACCUGGCAUGCGAAUUCCAGAAGAAACAGUUGGAAGUCCAGUCCCUCAUUCAUAAGGCUCACACCAGCUUGGUGCGACUAGAGAAACUGGCACUUAAGGCGGACACGACCAGUCUGGUCGGAUACAUCGAGAACACCCUCAUUCCGACGGCAUCCAACGAUCCAGAGAAACUGCAGGCCCUGAUGGCGGCCAAGGACGUCGCAGUGAAGAUGGAGAACUUGAGAGACUCUCCUCAACACGAUCCCUUCAAAGACGAACUGGCCGAGUUGCAGGAAUUGGGAGUCAAGAUGAUUCGUUCUGAAGACGGUUGGGAAGCUUUCGUCUUCGGACACGAGUCACUGUGCCCAUCAGGCCCCUCUGGACCUCCGACACAGCCAUCAGCAAUGAAAAAAUCGAUGAAGUUUUUCGGCCUGAGGUCGAGGUCAAGGUCCCCAAGGAAUCCCAAAUCCUCUGACUCGGAAAGGCAGGAAAAGCCGGAUUCUGAACCGCAGCAGGAGUCGAAUCUCAAACCUCUCUCGUUUGCAAAGCCGUUAAGGAUAGAAGACGAGGAUGACCGCAACUGCGAUUCCCCUCUCGAAACGGAGCCGAAAACCGAGGAGGAUUCAGAUGUCUUCGAGGAUGCUACUUUGAUCAAGGUGACGGAAGAGGAGCUGAAGAUCUACGAACCGAAGAAGCGGAUGACGAUGAUGGAUCGAGAGAAUAAGUUGUUUACUUACACUGUGGGACGGCGAACCCUUCCCAUUCCCAGUUAUGGCAAGGUCAUCCUUCUUGCCGGGGCCACCGGGGCGGGAAAAACGACCUUGAUGAGCACAAUGCUCAACUACGUGUUUGGCGUGGAUUGGACAGACAGCCGCAGGUUCCAGAUGGUGACGACCGAAGAAAAGGAAUUUAAGAGCCAGACCCGAGAAGUCUCCGCCUACGUCAUCUAUCCGCGCAAGAAGUCCCGGUUUAAAUAUCCCUUGACCAUCGUGGACAUGCCGGGAUUCGGAGACACCGAGAGACUGGAUGACGUCACAUUCUCCAUGCUCCAGGCCUUCUUAAAAAAUAAAGAGGGCAUCGACCGGCUCCAUUCUGUCGGGCUGGUCAUACCCGCCACAACGUCUCGGUUGACCCCUGGUUAUGCCCACGUCUUCCAACAAUUUCAGAAAAUUUUUGGCAAGGAUGUGAUUUGCAAUAUCCAUCUUUUGAUCACUUUCGCCGUUUCAAGUCAAACUAUUCCGGCCCUCGAAGUGGUGAAAGAGGCCGGUAUCCCUUAUUACGGGACCUACACCGUCAACAACAACUGUCUGUUCGACAAAAGCCAACAAAGCGAGAUCGUCUGGAAACACAUGAUGGCGAGUAUGGGGGAUUAUUUUAAAAUGUUGGAGGAUGCCAUGCCGGUGAGCACCAACCAGAUACAGCAAGUCCUCAAGCACAGAGAGGCCAUCGAGGGUAAAGUCCAAGAACUGCAGGAGAAAGUGCAACAAGGUCUCAACCGACUCGAGAUACUGCAAGAAUUUUACGGAACUGUGAGGAGGAGGACUCGGAGACGAGAGGCGACGAGGGAGAAGCUGAUGAGUGUCGGGCGACAGUUUAGAUCCACCCAACUGGAAGUGCACCAACUGAUCCACCAGGCCCACGCCAGCUUCUGCGAGCUGCAGGAAAUCGCCCUGAAACCGGCGGCCUUCACCGUGGUCGAGUACAUCGACCUCCUCAUCCGACAGGCUCAAGAUGAAGGCGACAGGAAGAAAAUGGAAAUCCUGGAAGCCUCGCGCGAAGCUGCGAAGUGGUUGUCUGUCGUCAGUGAUCAGGCAGAUUGGGAUCCUUUCGAUCAGCACCUCGAAGAUCUCAAACAGAUCGGCCUGCAACUCUCCUUCGAUGACGACGAGUGCGAGGUCCAGUUCCUCCGGCAGCCGAAGGGAUUCAUUCACGCUAUUAAGAAAAUCAUUCUUGCUCGUUGGAAGAAGAAAGCAAUCGAUGAAGGAGCUGAUAAGAAGACAGAAGCCAGCGAGGACAUCUACCUCCCCCCAAUACCAAAGAUGGUGACGAAGGAAAGGUUGGCAGAGAAAAUUCGAGGCGCAUCCAUUCCACUGGGGAAAAUCAACGGAUACGACUUGUACGAACUGAGGAAAGAGGCGGUGUGCUUGAAAGAAGAUUCCUAUGGCAUCUACCACGUCCUGAAGCCCGACGUGCCGGUGACCUGCAUUGGGAAAAUCGUCAUGUUCGUCGGAGUCACUGGGGCGGGUAAGACCAGCUUGAUCAACUCUCUGGUGAACUACGUCCUCGGGGUGGAAUGGGAGGACGAAUUCCGAUUCAAGCUCAUCAACGAAAAAGUUAAGAAAAAAUUCGAGAGCUGCACGAAAGAGGUAUCGGCUUACAUGAUCCACGCCCAGCACGGAUCCAGAUUCCCAUACACUUUGACCAUCAUCGACACCCCAGGGCUCGCUGACACGAGUGGCCCAGACGCGGACAAUCAGCUCGUAGGAAAACUCCAGAAAUUCUACCAAGAAGGACAACAAUGGGACAUCAUUCGACUCCACGCGGUGGGAUUCACCCUUCCUGUGAACGUCGUUAGACUGACCGGAGAGCAGAAGUACGUCUUCGACUCGGUCUUGAGGGUCUUCGGGAAGGACGUCGAGGACAGGUUCGUUGCCAUGGUAACGUUUGCAGACGAGUCGGAUCCCCCAGCGCUGGAAACCCUGAAGGAGGCGGGGAUCAAUUGUUACAACACUUUCCUGGUCAACAACUCGCCCUUCUUCAGCGAUCCACAAGUCUAUAAUCAAGCGAAGAUGCUUCAGUGGAAAACUAGCUUUCGGAAUUUUAAGCUGUUCUUCGACCACCUGGAGACCUCUGAAGCCGCAUCCUUGGACAUCACUAGGAAAGUACUGGACGAGAGAUUAGUCGUCGAGGGCACCAUGGAACGAUUGCAAGAAGAAAUUCAAGACGGUCUGGAGAAGCUAUUGGAACUUAAGGUGCAAUUCCAGGAGGAGAAAAAUAUGGGGAACCUGAAGAAAGCCGAGGAACGCUUGCAGAAUCUGGCAUGCCAAUUCCAGAGGAGACAGCUGGCAGUCCAGUCCCUCAUUCAUAAGGCUCACACCAGCUUGGUGCGACUAGAGAAACUGGCACUUAAGGCGGACACGACCAGUCUGGUCGGAUACAUCGAGAACACCCUCAUUCCGACGGCAUCCAACGAUCCAGAGAAACUGCAGGCCCUGAUGGCGGCCAAGGACGUCGCAGUGAAGAUGGAGAACUUGAGAGACUCUCCUCAACACGAUCCCUUCAAAGACGAACUGGCCGAGUUGCAGGAAUUGGGAGUCAAGAUGAUUCGUUCUGAAGACGGUUGGGAAGCUUUCGUCUUCGGACACGAGUCUGUCGUCAGGACCAUGGCCGCCUUCUACACGAGGAAGCAAAUGUCCUGAGCAGCUUUUUCCGGAAGAAAAACGAAGAAUGUUUCGUGGUUGACACUGUUGAUUGUGUGCUCAAGGUAAAGGAUGAAAAUUGUUCAUUGUGGAACUUCUUCAGGUCAUCAGGAAUUCCACAGGCGUGAAGGUCCGGCAUAAAAAUAUGAGCGCAGAGUUUUGCGGAAUUAUUGACAAUAGGAAUGCUUCGCACGAUUUCAGAUAUUACUUUGAAAUUGGGAAGAAGGAAUCCAUUUAAAGGGCACAUUUGCGAUCUAGCAAAGAAACACGACUGAUGUUAUUGAAUUCUGCGAUUUAAAAAAGGGUCUGAGAAAAAAAAAGCGGGAAAGAACAAAAAAUUAUUUCAAUUUCGUGAAUCAGUUCCUCAUGAGCAUUUCUUUCAAUCCAAUUGGGGAAAAUCCAGCCGUUCUGUUUAUAACAGAAUAAUAAUAAUGUACAACAGGAUUUUCCUCAUAU